AUGCCGCCUAAUCUCACCAUCAACCCAGCGCCAUUCAAAUCGUCCAACCUCGCCAUCCCGCCUUCGCCAUUCUCACCCAGGUUACCGCUCUCUCCCUUGCACGCAGCGCCGCAACGACGGAAGUCAGCCGCAAGGGUCAAAGCGAUCCUCGAGCUCUCCCCUCCGCCCGCAGAACCCCUGCAGUGGCUCUGGCAAUGUCACAUCUGCAACCGCGUCUACAAGCUAGGCGUCACACGGCGCUGUCUCGACGAUGGCCACUACGUCUGCGCCGGCACUACGACUGUCAAGCGCAGUAAGCGUACUAACAAGAAGGUGGUAAGGCACAAAGCUUGUGCGAGUGAGUUCGACUACCAAGGGUGGGAAGCCUGGGGAGCAUGGCGACGGAGUGCGAUGGAACGAAUGGAUGCCGCGAAAGUGCUGUAUCAGGGUGAUGACGGGUACGAUGACUUUGGGCUGCCGCUGCUUGUGCCUACCGUGCCGGGUGAAGGGCAGUGGCUGAGCGGGAUCUGGACGAAGAAGCCUGCCUGGGAAGUUGUGCAGCAGAAGCCAGAGAGAGUCGGGUAUUGGGAGAAGGACUGCUGGAAAACGUGCGACUAUCCUUCCGAGUGUCGAUGGGGAAAGCAGUACGGUGUCACGACGCCGGCCAUUGCGGCUGUGCCUAGUUCACCGCCACCGGUGCCGUCACGACCUGCGGAGGAUAACGCGGAAAAGCUGCCCGCGACCACUUUUGAUGAAACGUUCUUGGAUGCACCUUCUGCAGUUAAGAUCUGCGCCGUGGUGCACGCGCAGACACCCAGGCAGCCAGACGCGCAAAACGAGAGAAAGCCAUCCAUGGAUGAUCUUCUCGAUAGCGUCAAACGACGCAAACGUAAGAGUACCGGAGCGGUGCCCAGCCCACUUGGCUCGAACCCACCAUCGCCGACGACAUCUGUAUUCUCAAAGCCUGUGGCGGCAAGCACCGCGUCUUCCGGUACCAGCAGUCUGCACAAAGCGUUCGACGAUUUCGAGCUGGACUUCAAGAAAUCACUAGAGCGAGCCGGUGAGCUCGUGACAGGUUGGGCGAGCAGUGUGCGCAGCACGGCCGCGCCAGAGGAUGUCGGAGCGGACUCGAUGGUCGUGAAAGCGCUAAAGAUGACGAAGAAGAAGAGCGUUGCCGAGCGACUUCCAGCAUUGGAAGAUCGUGUUUGA